UUGCAUUCCUCCAGAAGCACAGCUCAUUAUUCAUUCAUACCGCAAUCAGCAAAAUAAAAAACCCCACGAUGAACACCGACAAUCAAAAUGUAUUUAAAACGCAAGCCGGUGAUCAGAUAACGCCAUUCAGUCUCGUUGUAUCAGCUGCGACAAUGAUGCGCCUAGCUGCACUUUUCGUUCUUAUCGUUCAUUUUGGUGCUACUUUUACGUUCGCCCGGCCCGAUCAACCGCCCAUCGUGCAAACCGGCCUUGGCAGCAUCCGAGGUACGAUUCUUGAGUCCCGUUUGGGUCGCAAGUUUUACGCCUUCCGUGGUAUCCGAUAUGCGAACGCACCGGUAGGAAAACUUCGUUUCCAACCACCGGAACCCGUCGAUGCUUGGAAUGGAACGUUCGAUGCCACCGAAGAUGGACCGAUGUGCCCACAGCCAGCGUACAAUCGGAGUGAAGUGUCGGAGGAUUGCUUGCGUUUGAAUGUGUACUCGAGUGUGAUUCCGGGUGAGACGAUUCGAAUUGCUCCGAGGGAUGUGCUGGUGUAUAUCCAUCCCGGUGGGUUCUACGUGUUCUCCGGACAGAGUAAGAACAAUGCAGGACCACAGAAUUUGAUGGACCGAGAUGUGGUGCUGGUCACAAUCAACUAUCGAUUGGGAUCGCUUGGUUUCAUGAGUACCGGGACAAAGGAGAGUCCAGGGAAUGCCGGGUUCAAAGAUCAGGUAAUGGCUUUAAAGUGGGUUCGUGAUCACAUCUCCGCGUUUGGAGGGCGGCCAGAUUCGGUAACGUUGAUGGGGUACAGUGCCGGAGCGUUAAGUAAUACAUUGCACAUGGUAUCGCCUAUGUCCAGAGGAUUGUUCCACCGAGUGAUUGUGAUGAGUGCUUCCGGCGUGAGUCAAGUGCAAAUACCAACCAAUCAGAUUAAUUUGGCGAAAAAGCAGGCCGAACUACUGAACUGUAGUACUUCAGAUGUUUCAAAGAUGGUUGGAUGUUUGAGAGAAAAGCCUGUUUCGGAUUACGCCGAUAGUUUAGAAGCGAUGUUUGUUUUGUCUUGGAAUCCCGUUUUGCUCUGGACGGCGGUGAUCGAACCAGAUUUCGGUCAAGAGCGAUUUUUAACCGAAGAUCCAACGGAAUCAUUCCUGAAAGGUAAUUUUAUGAAGGUUCCGGUGAUAGCUGGAAUAACCCAAGACGAGUUUGCUGGACCUGCUGUGGCUUUUCUAAGAAACGAAACACUUAGGAACGAGUUGAAUACUAAUUUCAACGAACUUGCACCGAUGCUUUUCUUAUACGAGGGAUAUCCGAAUCAAUUGGAGAUCACUCGUCAGCUGAGAGAUAAAUUUUUAGGGGAAGAACCUCUUAGCUUGAAUCGUUCAUUGCACGGUUUAAAUUACCUCUUUGCCGACAGUUUGAUAGGUUUUGCAGUCCAUCGUUUCGUACAAUUAGUUUCGCCCCAUACGCCUGUCUACCAGUACAAGUUUUCCUACGUCGGUCGAUACAGUUUUUUCUAUUAUCCUGAAGAAGGGACGCCAUAUGGAGCAGUUCAUCACGACGACCUGCUAUAUCUGCUCUCUAUUCCAUCUGUGGCCCCAAUCUUCAAUACCACCGACCCGGAAAGUAAAACAGUGGAACGCCUCACUCGAAUGUGGACAGCAUUUGCCCAAACCGGUGAUCCGAAUAUGGUUUUGGGAAUAGAAAAACCAAACUGGGUUCCGGUAGCAAAUCAAGAAGACAACUAUCUCAAUAUCGGGGAAGACCUUCAAAUGGAAAAAGGUCUUUUUACUGAACGAUUCUCAUUCUGGGACAAACUCUUUCCGAUACCAGCAAUCCAUUAAUAUUCCUACAACCAAGCAAUAAAUAAUCUCAAAGCA